AUGCAAAUCUGUCGCUUGGUGAAGGUCGCCGUUUUGCCGGUGCGCCCACUGUAUUCCGCGCGCUCUCGUAGUUUGUCCUCGCUAAGUUUUGUAUCAAGACUGUUUGGAGUAUCCGUGAGUGAACCGAAGCCAAAGAGAAUCGCGAAUCACCAGACUGUACACGGGGUCGAACUUGAAGAUGAUUUUUCCUGGCUUAAAAACCGUGGAUCCAAGGUAAGCAAAGUGUUGAUUAUCUUUUGUGACCAGUACCGCACUUCUCCUUAAUUAGUCCAUGGCCCUUUCAUGAGAACUCAGACCAUGAUCAUUAGUUUGAUAAGUCUUGAUUUUCUGGUUAGUUCGAGUAGCUAAUACAAGAGAGACGUUUUUCUGAAUGGUGUUCUGAACGUCAAUUUCUGAAGGAGAAAAUACCAAGAAUUAUUUAAUUUCCAAAGAGAUGAAGAAAAAGUUACAACAUCAGUGGUGGAUGUUGAACCUUUUUUCUGAUGAAUAGUGUUGUAAAAACACUGAAUUUCUGUAGUCCUACUAUUGAAAAGGUUCUAUACAGCAACACUACAUCAGUGGGAAGGAAAGGGGGGCGGAGGGCAGAUGUUAAAAGGAAUAUUCCUAGAUCCUGCUUAAAAGGAGGUUAAUUAAACUGUCGUGAAAAAGAGAAAGAGGGAAAUACUACUGUAAUGGGAUUAAGUACAUUUUUUAUAUAUGAGAUAAAGUUUACAAGUUGAUAAGCUGAUUUGUUAUAUUAAAGACAAAAAGAGGUUUCCUAGUAACCAAAAAGAGGAAGCAGUAAGUGUUAGAUACUAGAUAACUGGUCAUUUGUUGCUAAUUUCAGGCUGUACGGAAUUACAUAAAAGCAGAAAACAGGUAGAUUUUUUUUCCAAUUGAUCAGCUGUAUUUUUGUAUGGAUUUCCUGAUAUAAGUUAUGAAAUUGAUAAUAUUGUGUUGUUGUUGUUGUUUUAUGUGUUUACUAUCUUGCUUCCUUUCACAGCUAUGCAGAAGCUGUUCUGGCUGACACAGAAGGCUUCCAAGAAAAGCUGACCGAGGAAAUGAAUGACUGGCUUGAAAAGCACAGUGAUGAUGAAUCAGUCCCUGAAGUAAGUUGUUUCCUUAGACAAGGAACUUUACUCCACUUUGUCUCUCUUCACUCAGGCCUAUAAAUGGUUACUGGCACCAUACUGUGAUGGACUAGUAUCCCAUCCAGCGGGGAGUAGCAAUACUACUAGGCAUGCUUCAAUGCUUCAUGCUAUGGAAACUGGUAUAAGCUCCGGCCGUUUGGGCCUUUAGCUCGUGUGCGCCCUUAUCCUUUCCCUUUGUCUUAAUUUCUUGUUCUCAUUUGCAGGAGCUAGAUGGAUAUAUUUAUUAUUUAAGCAAUCCACCUAAAGGAUCUUAUCUUCCUGUAUAUUGUAGAAGAAAAAUAUUAGAAGGUGAGUGAAAGGCUCACUCUUAGCCUACACUAUAACCAGUAAACAUGCUUAAUAACCAAGGCAGUUCCAUCUAUAAGAAUUAUACAACUGAAAUGCCUUUGUUUUAUAAUUUUUUUUAAUGAUUUGUUGUAUCACUGUAACAAAAUAACAAAAUGAUGUUCCCAGCUUUCCUCAAAGAAGAAUAGUGGAUCCUAUUUCUUGGACCACUUCAAAACAAGACAAUAUGACUUGACAAAAAUAUUUUAGGGAAUCUAAGACAGGGGUUGUGUGGUUCCAAAAACAAAAAAACAUUUAAUUGUGUGAGUGAUUCAAGGUAUUUUAAAAUGCCAUGUAAAACAAGGCUUCUGAUAUUAGAAGAUCUCAAUUUAAAUCUGAUCAUACUCCAUAAGAAACCUUAGGAAUGAUCCCUGAUCUGGACAAUAAUAAAUGACAAACCUAAAUGCUGAUUAAGGCUAUUUAGCACUGGAUGGAUGUGACCCCUCCCCUCUUGAAAAUUAUUUAUAAUUUACUAUUAGCUUUUGCACCCUAAAGAAGACUGUUUAAUUUAUCUGUAUGGCACCCCAGAGUUUUUGUUGUUGUUGUCUUUUAUUACCAUCUAUAUUUUUAAAUGGAACCCCUAUUUUCUGUAGAUGGUUCCUAUGGUGAACAAGAAAUAAUCCUAAAUCAAAAUGAGCUCAUAGAGCGAUAUCCUCAUGUGUCCAUUCCUGUCAUUAAGAUGUCUCCCUCAAGAAGGGUAUGGUGCUGUUAAUAACUUUCACUGGUACUUAUGUGAUAAACCUGGUUGAUUUAUUUGUUGUCUGUUUUUGUGUACUUUUUUACCUUGACUGUUCAUAACUCACUAUAAUAUUCCACCGUGAAAUGAACUCAGCUAGUUCUCUGACUUAAGAUACUGCAAAAAGUUGUGGAAAGAUUAACAAAUGGUUCACACUUUUGUACAUAUAUAUGUAGAGCCUGAGUACAGAUAGACUCUGGAUCAAGCUAAUGCAAGUUAAUUUUGUUACUCUUUAUUUUGAUCUAUAGACAACAUUCUAUGGGUUUCCUUUUAAAUUAAGUAACAUAGUAUUACAGUAUUUAUAUUUUGA